AUGGCUUUACCUGCUACUAUGAAGGUUCUGGGGCUUGUUUUAGGGAUUCUCGAUCAGUGGUUAGGACUGGUUUGGUUCGAAUGUCUGGGUGAUGUUAUAUCUAGUUCGGUUCGUCAUAUUGGGGUUCUCGAUCAGUGGUUAGGACUGGUUUUGGGGAUCAUAGGAACUCUCAUUGUUGUUUUCGUUGUGGUUUGCUUUGUUGUUGCAUUCAUUAAGCUUAUUGAAGGGAAGAUAGAGGCUCAAGGAGGAGCCAGAUUUUGGAUCGAAAAUGGCAAUUUUGGAUUUACUAGUAGUUAUCCUAUUAUGACUAAUGCAUAUGUUUGCCAUUUCAAUGUUCAACCUAUAUACAAUGAGCUCGAAGGUGAUGUUUUGACCAAUUUUGAUAGGAAUCUGGGAAUUCGUUUUAGCACUGCUUUGAAUUAUAUUUGCUCUUCAUUUGGUUCUGGUUUUCCCUGUUAUUCACUUUCCUCUACGAUAAACUGUGGAUAA